CUAUAAUCGGGCCGGAUUGAGACGACCGGAGUCGUAUAAAAACAAUUCGCACCUCCAUUUCAUUUCAUUUUAUAAUAAGCCACACGCUGAUUUGUAGCUGCAAAAGCUUCAACCUUUGAUCUAAUCACAAAUGGGCGAGAUUGAAUUGAAAACUGCACCAGCUGAUUUUCGCUUUCCAACAACAAAUCAAAGCAGACAUUGCUUCACGCGCUACAUUGAGUUUCACAGGUGCGUGGCAGCAAAGGGUGACGAAGCUACUGAAUGUGAGAAAUUUGCGAAAUACUACCGUUCCCUGUGCCCGGGUGAAUGGGUUGAUAGGUGGAAUGAGCAGAGAGAAAAUGGUAUUUUUCCAGGGCCCCUUUAAUUUAUUGUGAUCACAUGGAAAGAGACAUGGAAACUUCUUUCUAGCAUCUGUGUUUGGCUUGAAGAUUUUUUUUUUCCUUUCUAUUUUGGCUUUCAAGACAGUCCCAGAAAUAAACUGUUUUCACUAUUGUUGAACCAUAUUAUUCUAUUUCAUUUUACUGUUGGCGAACAACUUGUUAGAAACUUAAAACGGGAAAGAAGAAGUCUUUCUCAUUAGCAACAAUCCUUUUCUUUGGUAUUUGUAAGAUUGUUUUUCCCAACUGUCA